AUGGCACCUGUGGAUACCCAAUACUACGAUCUGCUUGGUGUUGCUCCAGACGCGACAGACGCAGACCUCAAGAAGGCGUACAGAAAGCAGGCGAUAAAGUAUCAUCCAGACAAGAAUCCUUCUGCGGAUGCUGAAGAAAAAUUCAAGGAGAUUGCCAAAGCGUAUCAGGUCCUCAGCGAUCCCAAUCUCCGAGCUGUAUACGAUAAACAUGGCAUCCAAGAGUCGGUAGGAGGCAUGUCAGGGCCUGAAGAUCCCAGCGCCUUUUUCGCAGCAGUGUUUGGCGGAGACAGAUUCUAUGAUUAUAUCGGCGAGAUUUCGCUCAUGAAAGAAAUGUCGUCCGUCACAGAAGUAAUGAUGACAGAAGAGGAAAAACAGGAGAUGGAAAAGGAAUGGAAGGCGUCUACGUCUCAACCAGGAGUUUCAACGCAUGCUGCGUCUGCCGCCACUCCCUCCUCUCCUACGACCUCUGGUCCUGCUGCCACUCCUGGUAUCGCCCAUCCCGAACAGAAGCCUGCUACUACCCAACCCGAAGGCGAGCCAAAGGAAGGGCACCCUGCUCCGCAAACCGAAGAGACGCAGCCCAAGACAGAACAUGAACCUAAGUCUACCGAAGGUGCAACCACAACCGACUCGGAAGCCAAGCCCCAAAUACCUGAUACACAUGUUUCCGCUACCAGUCCUCCACCAACGCCUGGAGGCUCGAUUCCUAAAGAUACUGGCAAGAAGCGACCAAAGCUUACCCCCGAGCAAAAGCAAAAGAUUGACGCCAUCGGCGAAGAAAGAGACAAGGCUAUGCAGAAGCGGAUAGACGAGCUUACGGAAAAACUCAAAGAGCGUCUCCGACCCUAUGUCGAGUCGAAGCAUCCUGGUGCACCCAACGAUCCAGAAUGCAAAGCAUGGGAGGACAAGUUGAGACACGAGGCGGAGGAUUUGAAGCUCGAGAGCUUUGGAAUCGAGGCGAGUUAUUUGACCUAA